ACUGUGCUGUAGGUAAACCGAUGAGUCACUCUCUUGCUUGAUGUUAUUCAAUAAUUGAAUGGUCGUACGUAAUAAAUUAUAAUCAGUACAUUUCGGAGUAAAAAAGUUAACUUAUCUCGCUCGAACAAAUGCAACGUCACCAUAAUAGGUUGGAAUCGUCGAGCAUACAAACGACGAAUGCCAGAUGGAAAAAGAAGUCAUUAGAAGCGAUAAUUGACAACUGAAGACAAUAAUUACGCUCGCGAUCGAGAAAAUAACAGUGUACAGUAUCGAGUCUCGAGUCACGCAAACUUUUCCUUUUCGCGCAGGCGCAUGCAACACGCACAUACGCAUAGUUUUACCGGCGAACGGGAGACCGAGUCAGUUGAUGCCCAGACACAGCAACGCGAAGAAAUUGCUCAUCCAAUAUUUGUUUUUUAACCUUUUCUACGUGAUCUUUUACGAAACUCUUUUAAAUUAUUGUCAAAGCACAGAUUGAUUCUAAAGAUUAUCAUCUUGCACUUAAAGAAAACUUGUAAAAACAUAAAAAAACAGACGGAAUGUAUAUUUUGAGAAAGACCUUAUUUCCAGUCGGACUACAGCAUUUAGUGCGAAAUUUCUCAGUCAUGAGCGGAAACGAAGAUUACAAGUCUGCCAAGUCAGUGUACGAUUUCGUGGCUAAAAAUAUCAAAGGGGAGGAUGUGCCAUUGGCAAAGUAUAAGGGGCACGUACUGCUGAUCGUAAAUGUUGCUUCAAAGUGCGGUCUCACAGCCACUAACUACAAAGAAUUAAAUGAACUUUACGAUCAAUAUGCUGAAUCAAAAGGAUUAAGAAUUUUGGCAUUCCCGUGCAAUCAGUUCAACGGACAAGAACCUGGCAAUUCUGAGGAGAUUUGCAGUUUUGCAGACCGUCAGAAAGUAAAGUUUGAGUUGUUCGACAAGAUUGACGUGAAUGGUGACAAUGCUCACCCACUGUGGAAGUAUCUAAAGAAGGAACAGGGUGGAACUCUUGGUAGUUUCAUCAAGUGGAAUUUCACCAAAUUUAUCGUCGAUAAGGAGGGCAAAGUCGUUGAACGACAUGGACCCAAUGUUGAUCCCAGUAAACUCGCUGACAAGCUUGAGAAAUACUUUUAAAGAGUUCUGUGUGUCUACUGCGUAUACUAUAGUCUGAGUGAUAUAUAUUAUUUUCGAUCUACAAGAUUGAUGUCACAAACUUUCCUUUUUUUAUUAUAAUUAUUCGCUUACACGUUUGAGAGUCAUUUUUAUAAAAAGCUAUUUAGAUCUACUCAUAAUAGCUAAUUUUUGCAAUUAGAAUCCGCGUUAUGUCCGCGACACGCUUACAUUUACACGAUACUCCACAUUUCUUUUCUUUAUUAUUAGUUUUACUUUCUGUAACAUUCACACAUAUUUUAUAUAUGUGAAAAACACUUAAUAAAAUCGUCUUUUGUAAA